AACCUCCAGAGCUAAUGAAGAGCUAAUGAUGCAACAAUGUCACAACUCUGACAAUUCCACCUUGUGUCUUCGCUGUCUAAGCUCCGACCCCAAUUCUCAUGAAGCCGACAAAGUCGGACUGGCUCGUAUCAUCCUCAAAUGCAUCAACUCUCAGCUCCUAAUCCUCACCAAGAACACUUCCACUUUGGGCUCGCACCACUACCGGAAUCCCAAGGCUGCAGCAGCGUGGAAGCAGUGCGGUUUGGGUUUCUCGACGGCUAAGCGUGGCCUGGGAGAGGCCGACGCUCACCUUAUAACCGGAGAUUACGACAAGGCUGCGUAUGACGUCAGCGUGAAAGUGGUGAAUCCUCCGGUCUCGUGCCGCAACAGUCUCGAGACACUCAACAUCCAAGUCCCUUCAAGUUUCCGUUACCAUAUUGAUGUUUACUUGGCGUUGACUCAAGCUCUCCUCAGGAUCGUUGAUCGCUUCUAGAUAGUUUAUGUUUCUUCAACAGUGUUUAUCUUAUCUAUAUAUUAUCAGUGACUUUGAUUAUGUCUAGGCCCUCAAAUUAAAAUCCAGGUUUGCUGCUUCUUGUAAUCCGUUCAAGAUUGAAUGCAAAAUAGUGACACCUACUGUAAAAAAGCUUAAUGCCAUCAGAACAAAGUAGCUGAUUCUUU